AUGCAUCACGGCAAGCAUUUUCGUCGAUUGAACCGAACCUCUGCACAUCGUAAUGCCUUGCUACGCAAUCUUGUUUCGUCGUUAAUUGAACACGGUCGCAUCGAAACCACGAUCGCAAAGGCUAAGGAACUCAAGCCAAUCGCCGAUCAAAUGGUGACCUUGGGCAAAAAGGGCGAUGUCAACGCCAGAAAGCAGGCCUUGAGCUACCUUAACAGCCGGGAUAUCACUAUGCCAAAACUUUUUGACGAGCUUGCCCCACGUUUCGCUAAUCGACAGGGAGGAUAUACCCGCAUACAACGUGUCGGCAACCGUUAUGGUGAUAAUGCACCCAUGGCCGUGAUCGAAUAUAUUGACGGUCCUUCGGAUCUCAAGCGCGAAUUGACAACAAAGACACUGGCAAACAUUUUUGCAAAGAACGGUCAGGAGCAGGUUUCGGUCAAGGAUUUGGCAAACAACACGGAUCUUCCCAAGUCGCUUGUCCGUAACCUGAAGAAGCUUCAAUUCGCCAACAGCAUAGAAGCUAUGGACGAGGCAGUGAGCAAGGAAAUGGCCUCUCGUUCCUCUUCAUCCGCAUAA